AUGCUUGAAGCAGCUCAAGAGAUAUUUCAUCGAAUAUCUCAAACAUUUGGAAUAGAAUGGGCCCCGAUGAACCUCCCAAUAUCGCGUCGACUGCAGACCCUCGCUGCCACUGGAUGGAUAUGUCUCGUCUUAUUCGGCGAAGCAGUCACCAUUUUUCUAUACAUCAGUCUACUGUACUCUUCGCUCUGGUGGAUGGCGUUGCUGUACGCGGUGUGGAUGUUGCAGGAUAUUGAUACAGCAAACAAAGGCGGUCGUAGGUUCGAGUGGGUGAGAAACUGGGCCUGGUGGCGGUAUUAUCGGGAUUAUUUCCCCAUAAAACUGAUCAAAACUGUCGACUUGGAUCCAUCAAAGAACUAUCUCUUCGCAUGUUUCCCCCACGGCGUGGUCUGUUCCGGGGCUUUUGGAGCGUUCGCAACAAACGCAUUGGACUUCUAUAAAACGUUCCCUGGAAUGACAUGCCAUAUGAUUACAUUAGGAGGUCAUUUCUUGGUCCCGCUAUUCAGAGAUUUCAUUAUGGCUUUGGGUAGUUGCUCUUCGUCUCAAGAGAGUCUCCUGUACCUGCUGGACAGGAGGAGACAUACGGGAAAAUGUGUGACUCUGAUUGUCGGCGGCGCUGCUGAGGCGCUCGAUUCUCAUCCAGGAGAAUACAAAGUGAUCCUUAGUAGAAGAAAGGGAUUCGUACGUGUUGCUAUGAAGUCUGGAGCCCCCUUGGUUCCUGUAUUUUCUUUCGGUGAAACAGAUGUAUUCCGCCCUUUGAAUAACCCACGGGACAGUCUGCUGCGGAAGUUCCAAGAGAAAGUCCGCGAGCUGACAGGCAUUUCACCAAUGUUCCCUAUCGGCCGUGGCAUUUUCCAGUACUCCUAUGGUGUUGUACCAUUCCGAUCUCCAGUCACUACCGUUGUUGGAGUUCCAAUGGAAGUGGAGAGAAACCUUGAUCCUACUGAUGAGGAAGUGGACGCUGUACAUGCGGAAUUUACGAAGCGGCUUGUUGAGCUGUUCGAAACAGAAAAGUCAAAAUACUCAAAGGAUCAUAAGAAUAUGCAUCUAGUUAUUACUUAG